CUGGGGCACCCCCACAGGGGAUGGGGUUGAUGGGAACUGGGUUCAUCUUCUCUCUAUGCAGUGUCUGUAAAGCCCCCCGCCUUGAGGCGCCUGGGGAUGCGCCCUGCUCCUGCCUUUGUGCUCCCCGCCCCCUUUACCAGAAGCAAGGGAAUAAAAGCAGCAAAGUGGCAGCAGGAUGUGCUGGGACGGAGGGUCAGGGAGCCGGGCCAAUGCACUGUUCAGUAUUGCUUCCUCCCCCUCUAGCCAGUCACCCCCUCCACUCGGGAUCAUGUUACCCCUCUUGCACGGCUCCCCUUCAAACAGAGAGCUCUCUUCACAGACCCCCUGGGAUAGCCCACUCCCAUCCCCCCAAAACCUCAACCCUCGGACAGUGGGACAAACAGAAACUUCACAAUCUUCUCACUGUGCCUAGAGGCCCUGCUGCCAUGAACACCUCCCUAGGCUGGCAUUGGAGGAGGCUGGAUUAUUUCUGAGAAAAUAAAUUCUUGCUCAGUCAGAAAAGCCUUGAAAGUGCACGCUGUGACCUACACUAAGGAUCUCUAUCAGGCGUCUCACGUGGAGGUUGCCAGUCCAUAUCCAGCUUGAACUGGAUCAUGGCAAAAGCUGGAGGAAAAGGAGUAAACCUGAAAGACAAACUUGAUGGCAAUGAAUUGGACUUGAGCCUGAGUGACCUGAAUGAAGUACCAGUCAAAGAACUGGCUGCCCUUCCAAAGGCUACCAUAUUGGAUUUGUCCUGUAACAACCUCACUUCCCUACCGUCGGACUUCUGCAGUUUGACCCACCUGGUGAAACUUGAUCUGAGUAAAAAUCAGCUUCAGCAACUCCCCUCAGACUUUGGUCGCCUGGUUAACUUGCAGCACCUGGAUCUCCUGAACAACCGAUUAGCCAUGCUACCAGUCAGUUUUGCACAGCUCAAGAAUCUGAAGUGGUUGGAUCUGAAGGACAACCCCUUGGAUCCUAGCCUGGCCAAGGUGGCAGGCGACUGCCUGGAUGAGAAGCAAUGUAAACAGGCCGCUAUCAGAGUGCUGCAGCAUAUGAAAGCUAUCCAGUCUGAGCAGGAUCGAGAGAGGCAACGAAGGCUACAAGCAGAGCGAGAAAUGGAGAAGAAGCGUGAAGCAGAGCAGCGAGCAAGGGAGGCUCAGGAGAGGGAACUGCGGAGGCGAGAGAAGGCAGAAGAGAAGGAACGCAGGAGACGGGAGUAUGAUGCACUAAGAGCGGCAAGGCAAGAGAUGGAAACACAAACAAAAAAAGAAAGCAGUGAGAUCCCAAAGCUUUCAUCAGUUUCUCAUCCAUCUCAGCUGCCCCGGCACAGGCGCUCCUGGUUCCAGGCAUUGUUGAAGCUGCUGCUCUUGAUAUUUCUGUGUGCCCUUAGUACUGUGGCUGUUUGUCGGGUGACGGAGCUGCAGCGCCAGUCUCUGUGCAUCAGCGUGAACGCUCUCUAUGAGGAUGUGGUAACUGCUCUGAAAAGCCACAAAAUUGUGCAAAAUGUAUUACAUCAGAACUCGCAGCAAUGAUGCUGCUACCUGGACAUGUGCAUUGUCAGCAUCUCUUGCCACCAUCAACACAGCCAGAAUUCCUAUGGAAUUGUGUUCUGGUGAAACUGCCUUUAAUCAGUCAGCACUGGAUUUGCUGGUCCAUUCAGAACAGAGCAGAACUACUGCUUAGGUCAUUUUUGUUGUGCUUGUGUCUCAGCUGGUCUGCAACUCCUGUUGUUUGCUAACAUUAAAUUAGAACAUGUUAAGACUCUCUCCCUCACUCAUGGAGCAGGAGGUUGCCAGUCAACAGAGGAGUGAGGAAAGCCAUAACCCACAUGGGUAACUAUGGCCCUGUAAGGAGGUGGAGUAUAUCCAUCUUCUUGCUGACACUUGCAGGAAGGUUCAUGCAAACCUUUGGUAAAAUCAGUGGUGGUGUGGCUGUAUGGUAUAGAAAUAUACAUAAGCCCAUUCCAGGACCCAUUCGAAGUAUGUAGGAUGGCUGUGUAUUGAUACAUCAGGGUGGUGGAGUGAUGAAAUGCUGUUGAAAUAAGAAUUGUCAGCUUUGUCAAUAUAACAGUUUUCGCAGCA